AUGGGAACCCUAGGACGAGUAAUUUACACUGUGGGUAACUGGAUCCGCGGGUCUGGCCAAGCUCUUGAUCGCGUCGGUUCUCGUCUUCAAGGAAGCCCCUACUUCCAUGAACACAUAUCGAGGCAUCGGACUUUGAUGAAUGUGUUUGAUAAAUCUCCGUUGGUGGAUAAGGAUGUCUUCGUUGCUCCUAGUGCUUCUGUAAUCGGUGAUGUUCAGAUCGGGAAAGGCUCGUCAAUUUGGUAUGGCGUUGUUCUUCGAGGUGAUGUGAACAACAUCAGUGUUGGAACCGGGACAAAUAUCCAAGACAAUUCUCUUGUACAUGUUGCGAAAACCAACAUAAGUGGGAAUGUUAAACCUACUAUAAUUGGGGACAAUGUCACAGUAGGUCAUAGUGCAGUCAUUCAUGGCUGUACCGUUGAGGACGAUUCCUUUGUUGGCAUGGGAGCUACACUACUCGACGGUGUGGUGGUUGAGAAACAUGCCAUGGUUGCUGCCGGUGCCCUUGUGCUACAGAACACUCGAAUCCCUUCCGGAGAGGUGUGGGGAGGAAACCCAGCGAAGUUCAUGAGAAAGUUGACAGAUGAAGAGAUUGAAUACAUUUCAAAGUCAGCAGAGAACUAUAUCAAUCUUGCGCACAUCCACGCCGCGGAGAACACAAAGUCGUUUGAUCAGAUCGAGGUCGAGAGAGCGCUUAGGAAGAAGUAUGCGAACAAGGAUGAGGAUUACGAUUCAAUGCUUGGGAUUGUGCGUGAAACUCCAGCCUCGUUGGUUCUUCCCGACAAUGUCUUACCGGAAAAAACUUCCGUCAGGGUUCCGACUACUCAUUACUGA